AAACAAAAAGCAUCUAAACUGUUUUCUCUGCCAUACACACCUCCGAAAUCCUAUAAUACUUCCUUGUUAUAAAAAUUAAUUCAUCUUUAAGUUUCUUGCACAUUUUUAAAAGGAUUAUCUGAAUAAAAAUGUUCAUUUUAAAUUAAUAUUUAAGUAUGUCGUCCCAAUAUCGUAUGCCUUGGAGGGCAAUGAACAUCUUGGAAAACUAUAAAAGCUUUGUAAUUAAAAAUCCAUUGCUUGCUAACGAAAUUGAAGUUGGUUUGAAAUGGACGUCAUAUAUAAUUGCCGGUCGUUUUGGCCGUUCACCUGUUGUGACAGAAUUCAUUCAUUCUGUUUCAAAAUUACUCAAUUUACUAAAUGAUUCUCUUCUCAGAAAAGCUGCUGGUUUACCAAUUCAUGAGGAUCAACUGAUAGAAAAGAUGCAGACAUUUUUGACUGUAAUAGAACAUGCUGAAGUAUUUGCAGAGGUUGCAGCUGCCCGAAUAGCAGGUGCAAGAGGUAGAUGGCUGAUUGUUGUUUUACUCGAGCUUUUUAAAUUUAUUGUUCGCCUUUUUCUAUUGAGACGUGAUCAUAGACUUCUAAUUGUUCCACCCAUUUCCCCUCUUAAUCGACAGAAAGAUAUUCCUCAACUGUGUGGAGGAGAAAAAACUGACUCUUCAAUCACCACUCCUAAGCCUGAAAGGCCAAGUAUUACAUUCACUUUAAAGUCCUCCAAACGAAUUAUGAGGAAAUUAGAAGCUGCUCCACCUUUAGUGUCGCGCACAUGGAAGCUACCCAAAGUUCCUUCUUCAUCUUUAUACGAUACACCUUCACAAUUGGAAGGAAAAUAUUUAACUGCAGAAGUUCUACAUCUAUGUCGUCCAUUAAUGCAUCUUAUUUCAAUGGGUGCGUUUGGGGAGUUUUCUUGGAAACCCUUUUUUGUUGCUUUGGCAUUGGAUGUGACGAGUUUGCAUAUCUUGAGAGAGAAGAAAGAUUACGUAAGAGCUGAGAGGCUGGAAAUGAAUCGCCGUGUAAUGUCUUUCAUUGUGUAUUUGCUGAGAUCUCCUUUUUAUGACCAAUAUUCUAAGACUCAACUAAUUAAUGUUCUUCAAAAGAUAGCCGACAAUUUUUUCGGAAGUGGAAUUAUAAUACGUCCACUGAUUGAGUAUCUUCCUGAGUGGCAGAAGAUUUAUUUCUAUGUUUGGUCUUGAAAAUUUUGUUGGGUUUUUCUGGUUAAAUCCUUUCAUUAUUGUAAUUUUUAAUAAAGUAAAUAUUUAAUGA